AUGUCAUCUAAAGAACUGAUUUCCUACGACGAGGCCAAGAACUCGGCUUUCGACAAUGUCCUCCACCGAAAAUCAAAAGAAGCAAAGGGCGGAAUGCGAGCCAUGAUGAACAAGGACAGCAAAGCCAACGCCGCAGCCGCCGACGAAUACUUUCAGUUCUGGGAUAACAAGAAAGCCGAGGACGAGGUUGAGGCUACUCGACAGGAGAGAACUGACAACUAUGCCAGUUUAACACGGCAAUACUAUAACCUCGCUACAGAUCUCUACGAGUACGGAUGGUCGCAAAGCUUUCACUUCUGCCGCUUUGCUUACGGCGAGUCCUUCGAUCGUGCUAUUGCUCGUCACGAACACUACCUUGCUCACAACAUCGGUAUCAAACCUGGUAUGAAGGUCCUGGACGUUGGAUGCGGUGUUGGUGGACCUGCUCGGGAGAUUGUCAAAUUCACAGGGGCUCAUGUCACCGGUUUGAAUCUCAACGAAUAUCAAGUCCAGCGUGCAACUGUCUACGCUGAGAAGGAAGGCCUUUCUGAUAAACUCAAGUUCGUCCAGGGUGAUUUCAUGAAAAUCCCCUUUCCUGAUAACUCGUUCGACGCCGUCUACGCCAUCGAAGCAACAGUUCACGCACCUUCCCUAGAAGGCGUCUACAGCGAAAUCCGUCGCGUCCUCAAGCCCGGCGGUGUCUUUGGAGUAUACGAAUGGCUCAUGACAGACGCCUACAACAACGACGAUCUCGAGCAACGCCGUAUCCGUCUCGACAUCGAACAAGGCGACGGCAUCGCGCAGAUGUUCAAGGUGGACCACGGACUAUCCGCGAUCCAAGCAGCAGGCUUCGAGCUCCUGCACCACGAGGAUCUCGCGGCGGAAGACGAGGGCACGGCGCCGUGGUACUGGCCGCUGGACAGCGACAUGCGGUAUGCGCAGACUCUGGGGGAUCUGUUGACGGUGUUCAGGAUGAACAAAUGGGGACGGCUGGUGAUGCACAAUGUGAUAUGGGCGAUGGAGGCGUGCUGUAUUGCGCCCAGGGGCACGAGGAAGACGGCGGAUAGUUUGGCGUUGGCCGCUGAGGCGUUGGUUAAGGGUGGGAAGAGGAAGUUGUUUACGCCGAUGUACUUGAUGGUUGGGAGGAAGCCGGAGGAGUCUGAAUAG